GAGAGAGAGACAUAACGCAUGAGAGGGCGCUGCUGCGGCUCGGAACAUCUUCACCCGGCGUGAUUCAUGAUCAAGUGUUCAGCAGGAGCGGCGUCAUCAUGGCCUCGAUCUCGCAGUGGUACGCGGGGAAGAACGUGCUGAUCACCGGAGCCACGGGCUUCAUGGGGAAGGUGCUGGUGGAGAAACUGCUGCGCUCCUGUCCGGACGUCAAAGCCCUCUACAUCCUCGUCCGGCCCAAGGCGGGUCAGUCCAUGUCCGAGCGCGUCCAGGACAUGAUGAAGUGUAAGCUGUUCGACCGCGUGCGUGAGGUUAAUCCUGACUUUCAUCAGAAGAUCAUCCCCAUCAGCAGCGAGCUCACGCAGCCCGGCCUGGCCAUCAGUCCAGAGGAUGUACAAACACUCACUUCCUGUAUCAACAUCGUCUUCCACUGCGCCGCCACCAUCCGCUUCGAUGAGCCCCUGAAGCAUGCGCUGCAGCUGAACGUCAUCGCCACGCAGCAGCUCCUCUCUCUGGCGCAGCAGAUGCAGCACCUGCAGGCCUUCAUCCACAUCUCCACUGCCUACGCCAACUGCAACCGCAGACACAUCGACGAGGUCAUCUACCCUCCUCCAGUCGAGCCCAAGAAACUCAUCGACUCUCUGGAGUGGAUGGAUGACAGUAUCGUCUGUGACAUCACACCCCGUCUGAUCGGUGACCGGCCCAACACUUACACCUACACCAAAGCGCUGGCCGAGUGUGUGGUGCA